CUCAUUACCAAGCGUUAUUUCAGAGUCAGUUGCCAAACACACCUCUACAACCCUCCUUUCAUCAUGGCUCCGAUGAAGUUCCUUGCUCUUCUCGUCGCCAUUUCCGCACUUCUGGUCACCCUGCCUGCACCUUCCGCUUAUGCGGACUCCAGCGUCAUUGUCAGCGCCCAGAAAUCUGGUACUACAACUGUCGAGAAGAGUACGAUCGCCGCCCGGCGCUUCUUGGGCGACGACCACCAUGACGACGACGACGACGAUGACGAUCAUCACGACGAUCACCACGACGAUGACGACGACGAUGAUGAUGACCACCACGAGAAGAAGCCCGAGAAGAAGGAGAAGAAGAAGCCUAAGAAGAAGCUGACGUGCAUUCAAAAGUACAAGAUUAAGUACGCCUCGUGCGACUCGGAGGACGAGGCGAAGGAAGCGGCGUGCGAGCGCAAGGCGUACCGGUCGUUCAAGAACUGCAAGUACGGCAAGUGGGGGUGCAAGGACUGGUGCCUCUUCCGCCGCCGCCACUGCAUCAAGUACGGCCGCCCCGUGGCGGAGUGCGAGGAGAAGUACGAGGAGUGCGUGGAGGCGUGCCAGCCCAAGAAGGAGGAGAAGCCUAAGAAGAAGGAUCACCAUGAUGACGAUGACGACGAUCAUCACGACGAUCAUCACGACGAUCAUCAUGAUGACGAUCACCACGACGACGACCACCACGACGAUUAAAUGGUCGUCUCAUGCCUCACGGCGAUGGGCUCGCGACGGUGGGAGAGGAGUGGCGGGAAGGUUCUCUCGGAGGCUGCCAGUGGCUGGUCAGAUAUCUGCAACUGGUACGCGAACUAUCAUGGUCGGAGUACCAAUGCGUGGAGCAGGAGCAAAACGGUCGUGUCGUGCUGCUGUGAUGCAUUUUCUGUUAAGGUCACUCGCGCUUCAGUCAGUGUGGGUAUAACUUGUGCUGAGGGUUAAGGUUGGGUGACCUGGGGCUAAUGGCGGGCUGGGGCAUGUUUGAGAGGUAGUAGCAUAGAGGGUAAUAAUGCCGCUCUGCCUUGUACCUAUUCAAGUGGCAAUACAUCAUGCGGAUUUUGGGAGAAAAUUUGGCAAGACCUUACAUUCCUUCUAAAUCCCCUA